UGUGCCCACCUCUCUACUCCUGUCUCUGCUGUCUCUGUGUCCUCUUUCUCUGUGUACAAGUGCAUUCUGACCAUUAUGCUUCGGUGGAAAGUUGAAAGACAGCUAACAAGCUACACCCAGCCAGUGCUCCUGAUGGGUGGGCGAGCAAAGUUCUAGGGCUGAGCGUUCCUUUCUCAGCGCCUGGCCACGCAGGCGCUCGCGGAUACCUGCCUGCUUGGCGGCGCAUCUGAAGAUUCGCAGCGGCGGAACAGUUGAGUCUCUCCAUCUGGCUACCAACCCACCCAAGCUUUCUUCUCCUCCAUCACCACCUUCCUGCCUCCCCCUCCUCCCCCUCCUUUCUGUCUUCCCUCUCCACCCCCGCCCCCAAUCUCCUCCUCUUUUUCUCACUACAAGCGGUUGCUGAUGCUGAAGCCGAGCGUCACUUCGGCUCCCACGGCAGACAUGGCGACAUUGACAGUGGUCCAGCCGCUUACUCUGGACAGAGAUGUCGCAAGAGCAAUCGAACUACUGGAAAAGCUGCAAGAAUCCGGAGAAGUGCCAGUCCACAAGCUACAGUCUCUCAAAAAGGUGCUUCAGAGUGAGUUUUGUACAGCCAUCCGAGAGGUGUAUCAAUACAUGCAUGAAACGAUUACUGUUAAUGGCUGCCCUGAAUUCCGUGCGAGGGCCACAGCAAAGGCAACAGUUGCUGCAUUUGCUGCCAGCGAAGGCCACUCCCACCCUCGGGUAGUUGAACUGCCAAAGACUGAUGAAGGCCUGGGUUUUAACGUCAUGGGAGGAAAGGAACAGAAUUCCCCAAUUUAUAUCUCCCGCAUCAUCCCCGGAGGAGUGGCUGAAAGACACGGAGGCCUCAAAAGAGGAGACCAGCUGCUAUCAGUGAAUGGAGUGAGUGUGGAAGGGGAGCACCAUGAGAAGGCUGUAGAGCUUCUCAAGGCUGCUAAGGACAGUGUGAAGCUGGUGGUCAGAUAUACCCCAAAAGUCCUGGAGGAGAUGGAGGCUCGAUUUGAAAAGCUGCGGACGGCUCGACGUCGGCAGCAGCAGCAACUGCUCAUUCAACAGCAGCAGCAGCAGCCACCACAGCAAAACCACAUGUCAUAGGCCCUUGAAGGAUUACUACCAAGGUCAAUCAUGCAACAGUCACAACUUUGGAACCGUGCUCCAGAAUCCCAGCACAUAGAAGAAGGGAAAGGCAACACGAGUAAUUCUACCAGUCACAACGCUGUGAACACGCGGUGUAUCCAUUAUUUACCAAGGCAAUUCAACAUCUUCCUCCUCCGGGCACCAGCCCCUCCCCUCCGUUCAUUGCUUUUUUACUCACUCAGAUGUUCCAUUCAUGGCACUGGAAACUCUUGGUGUGUUGAGGGAGAGAACUUUUUCCAGUCUGCAGACUGAAACUGUGUAAGAAUAAAGUCUGUGACUUUUGAACAAAUCACCAGGGCUAGGAUUAAGUGAAUCUUUGGUGUAAGGCUCUUCCAGAGAUUAUCAAACCCUUCAUUAGGCUAUAGUUCAAACUGCAUCAGUUCAAGGUUGUGGCCACUUCAAAGGAACCUACCCAUUGCCCCUGCCCUCACCCUUCCACGGUCUAUAUUGCUGAGCUGUCUGAAUUGGAAUUUGAUUUAACUGCAAAUUCAACCAUCAUUCUCUUGAAAACGCCAGGUUCUUUCCUCCAUAAUUACUUCAGAACUUGGAAACAGCUGGCUUUUUUUUUUUUAUUUUCCAUUUCUAUCAAUUUCUGAACACAUUAGCCAAAAUUUUUAUUUUAGGAUAUUUUAGCUGAACUUUUACUUUAUUAGAAGAGUGGGUUGGAACUCAAUGCUUUCCUUUUUAAUUUUUAUUAAUUUCAAAAGAACAUAAUGAAUAUUUAUUCCAUAAUCUACAUAAGACUGGAGUACAUACGUUAUAACUUGGUUCUUUGUUUGCCAAGGGCCAGCACUCUGGUAAGAGGUUAUUUCUUAUUUCCACUUUAUGAACUCAUCAUCACUUGAUAAGUUUACAUCUUGAUGUUUGUUUCUAUUGAUGAACUUUGGAGAAGUCUAAACCUAUCCUGCACACAUUGAUGUGCUUUCACAGAAGGCUAUUUGGUAUUUUAAAUCUUGAAGAUUUAUAAAAGUGAAUUCUAAUAUGUGCACAUAGAUAUACGUCCAAGGGGAUACACUUCACAUAAAGUUUAGAUCAGUCAACCUAAAUUCAAACUUUAUAUAUUUUUGACACUCUAUGAUUAAAGGUACUGGCCCUUUUACACUGAGGAAUGUGGAACCCAGUGAUGUCAGUAUUAGGAAUGACAGACAUUACUUUCUCCAAGGGAAAAUCUGUUUCAUUUUUGCAUAUUCCUAUUUGUAAAUAAGCAAUCAGAUUUUUCAACUUUCACAGAGAUUUAUUAGCGCCUCCUGUACACAGUAUUUUUUUAAUUUAGGGUAAAUCGAGGCACCUGAUCUGGUUUUCCAUAAUAUAAUGAGUAGGAAGCUAUAACUAUUUAGGCAGUUAAACACCUUAAGCACAAAAGUGUACACACACACACACACACACACACACACACACAAAUAACUGCUAGUUAAAGGAAGCAGACACACCACUGAAACAGAGUCAGAUAUUUUAAUAUGUCCUUUUUUUUUUCCAAAAGCAGAAAAUGGUUUCCAAAAAUACGAUGAAUUUGUUAUUUCAGAUAGUCCUCCAGCAUAGAAAUUUGUGAAGCUCAGCUUACAGGCCAUUUUCUUGAAACUAAACAACACCAAUUAGAUUUGCCCAGCAUGUUUUAUUUCACACCAUUGGGUGGUACUAUUGACAAUAGUAAUUUCUUACUGCUCCAGGUAGUGCAUCACCCAACAGGUGACAAACAGACAGAACCCAAGAGCUACUCCAAUUUAUUUCAACACUAUGCUGUUGUGGUAACAGGUUCCCAUCCUUGAAAACGUAUCGUUUUUACUAGAGAUUGGGGGAGGGGUCAGGUAGGACCCAGAAUGUUAUAUAAAAUAGGUCAAUAAAAGGGACAAGCAUGACAAAAAGAAAUAAGUGGAGACUAUAUGAGCAUUAUUCAGUUUGAAAGAUAGUUCUCAUUUUUAUAAAAAAAGUAAUAAACAUAUAUUUUAGUUAUCAUUUAACAAAAUUUUAAAGCUAUUCAGGAGUUGCUGCAAGACUCUCAUAAAAGGAAAUCAUCUUACCCUUAGAAUGAGAAAAUGAUCAUUUCAACAAGUUUCAGUACAUUGUAUAAAUUUGGAGUUUAAGAUGAAUGUUUUCACUUAGCUGUUAUGUGUUUAGUUAAUAAUCAAAAUUAACAUCUGGUUUCACAUCAGUACAAGUAUUGUCAGAAGCAACUAGGAAAUAAGCAGAUACUUCACACUGGUGUUUUCUAGAAGUCUUUGUAUUUCAUGCUUCAUUUGUACAGCAUGUAGUGCUGAUAAAUGUACACCAGGUUGUUUGUCGAAAUGAAGCAAUCCAUCAUUCGUACGAAGCCAAGGACAGGUUAGAUGUCUUCGUGGUCUUACAUAUAAAUGGCUGGUUCUCCUUCGUGAAGUUUAGCUUGCUGAAAUGUAAGCAUUUCCCUAAAACAGUAAUCAAAAGUGACACCCCUAAAGAUGUACAGAAGCCCCUGGUGUGGCUCUGAAGUUUCGCUGAAGCACGAUGGAAAAGGAAGAACAAAUUUCCUACAACCUUCUCUAUUCCCAGGAAUCACAUAUACAGCCAGCGACAUGUCUAAUGCCACACAUUAAAAGUAUUAUAGGCUGAUCUUCCACGCAGUUCAAUAUGAACAUAAUAAAUGGGGUGAUGAGAGUUAGGGAGACGUGGUUGUGACUUCUCAACAGGGGCCUGAUGAAGUGAAUGUCAGGUCUUUCCCUUGGUCAAGGUGGUGGACACUGAAACAAACUGUUGCUGCACCUUUUUUUUUUUCCUAAUAUGAUUUCUAAAAGCAAGCACAAAAGGCAAAAGAAUUCCCGAACCUUUUCACUGGAGCAUUUACAUUUUUUUUUUUUAUUCUGUUGCCAUUUGCAACAGAACAUCUGCAGGGAGAUAAUGAGCCUAAAUUACAAUCGACUCUGGAAGAAUAACAGACUUCUGUGUUCCUCAAUCAUGUCAUCAAUAGGGAAUUCUCUAGCGAUGAGAGCCACCAUUAUCUUUUAAGACAAUGCUACAAUCUAAAUGAAAAAAAAAAAACAAACUAUCAUUCAGGGGCUUGUUAAGAACCGGAGUUUGUGUCUAAAGACAAAUUACACCCGUUUACAAAUGCAGUUCCCAAAUGUGACAUCAAGCUGAUCUUAUUUCCUUUUACACAGACAUACAUUCAGGACUCCAAAUGUGAUAUAUUACUUUCAACAUCUCUUACUAUCUGUGGCUGUGUGAGUGCCUGCAUUUCUCACCUUUCAGCUGGGCUUUGUUUAAGCACUCACAGGCUAUAUGUAAGAGUGGCUUCAGACAAGAUAAUGACACAGAUUCAGAUCAUUCUGUGAGGAUUUGGGAAGACCUUCCACACCAUCCUAUCCUUCUUUAGACCUCAAACUCCAUAAGACCAAGUAAUUUGACUAUGGGCCCACAGAUGGGCUGGCACACUAUAGAAACUCAAUGAGUAUUUAAUGUUAAAUGAAUGAAUUAUAGAAGAGGAAGAUAAAUGAAUUAAUUUUGACUUCUGACUAACAUAUUCUAUUAGUUGGCAGGAAAAUGUUGCAUGCCAUAGCCAGAGGCAGACUUUCCUCUAAGAUACAACCUGGAAUCCAAUUAAAUUAAACAUCUCAAAGGUUCAAGGACCUUUAAGUCAGGAGCAGUGCUUGGGAAUUCAGAUUUAUAUAUAUAUAAUGAGUAAACUAAAUCUCUCUAGUUCUUUACAAAGGCCCUUGGAUAAUCUGGCAUGGGUCCUUCAUAUAUAUGGAACCUCAUUUCUCAAGUUUACACAGCCUAUGCUUUAGUUUAUUAUAAAAGAAGUUCUAUCAUCAAGCAUAUUAGAUUUCCCUGUGUUAUUUCUAUUUUUCAAAGGAAUUUGUGGUCAUUGAAAGCACCAUUUCUAAACUUUCUGUUUUCAAAUACCACUUUCUUUCAUCUUUGAUUCCUAGAAUAGACCUGAGCUAGAAAUUUCUCAUGUGCCACCUGCCUCCCAAACCUUUCCAUGUAUGUAUGUAUUUAACAAAUAUUUCUGUCUUUUUGGUGCAUGCUAGAAUCUAGAAAUGUGAUGUGACCCAAGUCAAAUGUAAUUCCACCCUAAGGCUUGCUCUGAUGAAUUCCUUAGUGCUUGUUCUGGCCGAACUAGUUUAUCAUCCGCUGCAUCCUCUUCACAUAUGCUAGAACAGCAAACCAUCAACCCAUGGGAACCAGGAAAUGCUUUCUGAAUACAUAGACUUAGGUCAGCUUGCUUUUCUGAACAUACCACUCAAAUUUGCUUAUCCAUUAAGCAGAGUUACAACCCAGUGAGGCAGGCAGUUUUAGCAGUUUUAACAGUUUUAACGUUGUGUCGGUCCCUACCAGGUAGCAGCUUCUGUGCUCAGUGCUUGCAUAAACUUCUCUCCACAAAGCUCUCUUCACUAGGCUCCAUUUACACACAAGAAACCUGAAGCACAGAGGCAUGACUCUUCCAUGGUCCCCAAUUGCCUGUUGGAGUUGGGGUUAGAACCCACGAAGUCUGACACAAUGGUUCAUAUGCUAACCAUUAUCUGUGGGCUUUGGGGACACUAUUACAGUAAAAUGAAUGAGGCAUUUUAUAGAGAAUUGCUUUUAUUUUAAGUAUUAACUAAAAAUAUUAGUAAAUUAUAAAUCAUCAUAGUCAGCAAAUCACAUCAGAAACAAAAAGCAGGGUGAGAACUGAACCUUACAUUAUGCCAUACUCUCAUGAACAAUAUAUCAGCCAGGGACAUGCAUACAUGUUGAGAUCCGGAAAAUUCCUAUUUGUGAAAAUGUUUUGAAGACUUCAGAAUUAUUUAUUGUCAGCCACUGUGUCUAUUUGGUGCUACAAAAACCGAAAGAACAAAACUCCCUGCUUUAAGGGCUUAUAAAUACACAGUGUGGAGAAGAACCAAGGAUAUUUCAUAUUCGUAGGGAAGGAUUGGCCGACUGUGCCGUUUUUUGUUUUUUUUUUAUUUUCACCAUUGCACGUACAUUCCUGUCUUUCCAAUUGUUUCAUUGUUUUUAUGAAAGAGCUGCAAAAUUGUGCAGUGGUUCAACCUGACCAAAGUAGUAUUAUGCUGCUGGGAAGUAAAUGUGUUAGACACCA